GCAAGACCACCAAGGAGCCCUAAUCAUGGCCAAAGAAUUCAGGAGCAAAGCAUUUUGGAGAGCCGUAGUGGCAGAGCUGCUUGGCAUGACUGUGUUUGUAUUCAUUAGUAUAAUGGCAGCUAUCCCCUCUGGCAACGGGGCUGGUAAAGAAGUUAAGGUAUCAUUAGCCUUUGGGCUAGCUAUUGCCACCUUGGCACAAAGUUUGGGUCACAUAAGUGGGGCACAUCUAAAUCCAGCUGUGACCUUUGGGUUGCUCACGAGCUGUCAAAUUAGUGUCUUCAAAGCAGUGAUGUACAUGUUCGCCCAGAUUCUGGGUGCAACAAUGGCCAGUGGACUCAUCUAUGGAAUCAAUCCAAACAGCAGCAUUGGUCUGAAUCAGUUAAAUGAAACACAGCCUGGACAAGCUUUGGCCAUUGAGCUCUUUGCCACUUUCCAGCUGGUCCUCUGUGUAUUAGCAGUCACCGAUAAAAGGAGACGUGAUGUUUUUGGAGGAGCACCUUUGGCUAUUGGAUUGUCAGUUGCUCUUGGACACCUUGGAGCUAUCAGCUAUACAGGCUGUGGAAUAAAUCCUGCACGAUCAUUUGGCCCUGCUCUGAUUAAGAAUAAUUUUACAGAUCACUGGGUGUUCUGGGUUGGACCCAUGAUUGGUGGAGUGAUGGCCGCCCUUGUGUAUGAUUUCAUCCUGUAUCCAAAGACAGAAGAUCUGCCCGACCGAAUGAAGGUUCUGAUGAAUGGCCAGGAUGGGGAGUAUGAUAUAAAUGACACUGACGAAACAACAAGAGUAGAAAUGUCAUCAAAAUAAACUCAUCCUUAUACAACAAUCAGUAGGUAGGGGAGUGUGGCAAAUCAUGUUUAAAACCAUCACUUUCUGAAAAUGGCAUGUUCUUUUCUUUCAUAAUAUUGUUCUCUUUUUUAAAAAACAUAUAAAUAUUCAUAAAACAUCUGAGAUUGUACCUUUUAAUUAUGCAUUUUUAUUUCAAUGACAACUGAUAGCACUGAAAUUGUCUUGUAAUCUGGCAAAACAUUUUGAACUAUGAAAGUAAAAAUGAAGAUAAAGGAAAUGAAUGGGGUUUAUUACAUUAUAUUUUGGAUACCCAUGUAGUCUUUUUAA